UUUGUCCCUCUUUUAUUAUCUUCCGACUCCCACAUGAUGAGCUGACGGAUGUUAUGAAAUGUGAAUGAGGCCGGUGAGGACGCAGCGUGACAGGAGAAGCGUGUGUUUAUAGUAUGUUUAGGGAGUAAACAGUGUUGUUUAAAGUGAUGCACUCCCAGGUAAUAUUCAGCGGCUCGGCGGCUGUAGCUGCCCGGAGGAUGAGGACUAUUGUGGGGGCUGUUCUGAGGAGAGACGGCUGGAUGUGGAGAACUCAUGAGGUCAAACUCAUCAACACAUCUGCAGGUGACACGGUGAAGAUUGGAGAUAUCGCUUACAAACUCAAAACUCCCCGGAAUCCAGAGCUGGUUCCUGUCAAACACAUUUCAGACUCCUUACCCCAGACAGUGGCUCAGCACCUACGAUGGAUCAUGCAGAAAGACCUUUUGGGCCAGGAUGUGUUUCUCAUCGGUCCUCCAGGACCGCUGAGACGCUCCAUAGCUAUGAUGUACCUUGAGUUGACCAAACGGGAAGUAGAGUACGUCGCUCUGUCCAGAGACACCACAGAGACGGACCUGAAACAGAGGAGAGAGAUCCGCUCAGGGACGGCCUUCUACAUAGACCAGUGUGCUGUAAGGGCAGCGACACAAGGUCGAGUCCUGGUCCUGGAGGGGUUGGAGAAGGCAGAGAGAAACGUUCUGCCUGUCCUCAACAACCUGCUGGAGAACAGGGAGAUGCAGCUGGAGGACGGACGCUUCCUCAUGUCAGCUGAGCGCUACGACAAGCUGCUGCAGGAGCACACCAAAGAGGAGCUGGACGGCUGGAAGAUUGUCCGUGUAAGUGAGGACUUUCGGGUCAUCGCUCUUGGUCUUCCUGUCCCCAAGUACAAGGGCAACCCGCUGGAUCCUCCUCUACGCUCCCGCUUCCAGGCCAGAGAUGUCUAUUACCUCCCGUUUAAGGACCAGUUGGAGUUGUUGUACACAGUCGGACCAAACGUUGUUGCAGAAAGGGUGUCCCAGCUGCUGUCACUAGCCACCACGCUGUGCUCCCAGGAAUCAUCCAGCCUUGGCCUUCCUGACUUCCCUGUGGACAACCUGCUUCCUGCCCUCCAUGUGCUGAAUGCUUUCCCCAUGCUGUCCUCCCAGCAGCUGGUCCAGAGACUUUACCCCUACGAAAGCAUCCUGGGCAAGGAUGGGCGCACCGCUGUGGAGGGCGUUCUCGGUAGAUUUGAGCUUUUGGAUGGUCGUCGUCAGCCAGCUCCCAGCGCCAUUUCGAGUGUGUCCAGGUCAGGGGAUCUUGAAGGCCAUGCAGAUGUCACAUUAUCUGUCGCGGACAAGGACAUCACCUUUCAGGUUCCAGCCGGCAUCAAGGAGCUGCGUCCACCCAACAGCAGCCCGACCUUCAUCAGUACGCCGAGCCACUCCCAGCUGAUGGCUGAGAUGAUGCAGUCACACAUGGUUAAGGACUUAUGUCUGAUAGGAGCCAAGGGCUGUGGCAAGUCAGUGAUUGCGAAAGAGUUCGCUGAGAUGUUGGGUUACAGCAUCGAGCCGGUCAUGCUCUACCAGGACAUGACAGCCAGGGACCUCCUCCAGCAGAGGUACACUCUCCCUAACGGAGACACGGCGUGGAGGCCGUCUCCGCUGGUCACCGCUGCCAUUGAGGGCAAGCUGCUGCUUCUGGACGGUAUACACCGGGUCAACCUGGGAACCCUGGCUGUGCUGUCCAGGUUACUCCAUGACCGGGAGUUGGAUCUGUACGAUGGCACCAGGCUGCUGAGGUGGGACAGAUACCAGACGCUGAAGGAAGAACUGCAGUUCAGUGACCAGCAGCUGCAAGAGAGGUCAAUCUUCCCCAUCCAUCCAUCGUUCAGGGUGUUGGCUCUGGCGGAGCCCCCCGUUGUGGGUGCCAGUACAAGCAGCAGCAACAGCAGAGGUCAGCAGCAGUGGUUGGGCCCAGAGCUGCUCACUAUGUUCCUCUACCACACCGUCACCCCCAUGGCCAGAGCAGAGGAGAUGGACCUCAUACAGGGACUGACUCGUAAUGUUCCAAAGGAAGCAGCCGAGCAGCUACUGCACCUCACACACAGUCUCCGCAAGACAAACGACCCCACAGCCCAGUCUCUGGCCUCGUCUCUCUCCACCAGACAGCUGUUGAGGAUCUGUCGCCGUCUCUCUCAGUACCCCGAGGAGAGCAUCGCUCAAGCUGUCAAUAAGGCUUGUCUUUCCAGGUUCCUGCCCAGCCUGGCCCGUGCUUCUCUUGAUAAAAACCUCGCCAACUGCUCCAUACAGGACACGCCAGAUCCUGCUGAACACACUCGUGACUUCAGCUGUACGGUAAAGGAUGGCGUGCUGACUAUUGGCAGUGUGUCGGCCCCCGUGUACAACGCCAGCGAGAAAAUGAAGGUUCCAGACGUGCUCUUCUAUGAUAAUCCCCAGCACAUGAUGGUGAUGGAAGACAUGUUGAAAGACUUUCUACUAGGAGAGCACCUCCUCUUGGUGGGCAACCAGGGCGUGGGUAAGAAUAAAAUAGUGGACCGAUUCCUGCACCUUCUGAACAGGCCCAGAGAAUACCUCCAGCUCCACAGAGAUACGACCGUCCAGACUCUGACCUUGCAGCCCUCAGUCCGAGACGGCAUCAUCAUGUACGAGGACUCGCCUCUGGUGAAGGCAGUGAAACAGGGUAACAUCUUAGUGAUCGACGAGGCCGACAAAGCUCCCACUAACGUCACCUGCAUCCUCAAAACCCUGGUGGAGAGCGGAGAGAUGAUCCUGGCCGACGGACGCAGAAUCAUCUCAGAUCCACGUGAAGCUGAGGGGAGGCCCAACACCAUAGUCAUGCACCCAGACUUCAGGAUGCUCGUCCUGGCUAACCGACCCGGUUUUCCUUUCCUGGGCAAUGACUUCUUUGGAGCUCUAGGUGAUAUUUUUAGCUGCCAUGCUGUGGACAAUCCAAAGCCCCAGGCGGAGCUGGCGAUGCUGAAACAGUACGGCCCCGACGUUCCCGACGCUACUCUGCAGAAGCUGGUGGCCGCCUUUGGAGAGCUGAGGUCCAUGGCCGACCAGGGCACCAUCACCUACCCUUACUCCACCCGAGAGGUGGUCAACAUAGUCAAACACCUCCAGAAAUUCCCCGACGAGGGUUUGGCCAACGUGGUGCGAAAUGUCUUCGACUUUGACUCGUACAACAAGGACAUGCGAGAGGUUCUGAUCGAAGCGCUGCACAAGCACGGGAUUCCCAUCGGAGCCAAGCCCAGCUCUGUCAAACUGGCUAAGGAGUUGCCGCUGCCAGAGGUCAAGAUGACAGGAUACUGGACGAUAAACCAAGGUGGCAACGCUCGCCGCAAACUGCUCUGUCCCACUGAGACGCGCCCCAUAGACGUCAAGGGCCCUGUGUUUCUGCGUGUUCAGAGUUACCCCUGCAACAGACAGGAAAGCAGGGCUUUGAGUUUCAGCGAAGAGAAAGCCCACUGGCAGAUUCCCAUGAAUGAAGUCAACAUCAUCUGCGAUAUCACCACCAAAGAUGAUGUGCUGUACGUGGCCACGUGUAACCCCGUGUCACUGUACUCCAUGAAGGAGUGCGGGGAGACCAUUCAGUGCAUGGAGCUUUACGACGUCUUCCCCCGGACCAUCAGUGGCGUCUGGCAGCCCUUUGUCACCGUUGCGCCCCUCGGGAGUCCUCUUGAUGGACAGGUGGUGCUGCACGAGGAGCAGAGUAACACGGUGCUCCACUUGGACAUGGUGACAGGCGCCGUGCGGAGGCUCAUGUUGUCUCCGGACAGCGAUCAGCCCCCCACCAGAACCUCGACUUGGUGGAGCAAUAAGGAGCAACAGGGAGGGCAUAAAAUGUGUCAUGACUUCGCCCACAAGAACUGGCUCCUCUUCUAUAAGGAGGAUGGCAACCAGCUGGAGGUGCUGGAUGUGCUGGAGGCCCGGGUCCACUCCAUCUCGCUCCCCAUCAACCUGAAGUCUGUCUUCCUCGUGGCAGAGGACCGCUGGCUGCUGCUGGAGAGCAACACCAACAAGAAGUUCUUGCUGACCAAGCCCAUGCACAUGACGGCUGAAGACUCUGGCGUGUGUCAACUCCACAGCAUCAGCGAGGACUCGGUCAGCUCAGGCCACGGAGCCAGCUCAGCUGAGGAGUCCGUACCCCAGAUGCUGUCAUGUGAGCAGCUGCCCAACGAGAACCUCAGCGUCGCUCUGGACCAGAAGAUCGUUUCACCAAACCGCGUACUGGCCGACACCGGCUCCUUCGCCCGGGUCGUCGUGGGCUUCCCAGACCUCGUGUCCCCUAACGAGGUGUACAGCUUUAAGAGGCCUGUUGACCUGUCGGUAAUGAAGAGCGCUGACAGCGGGUCUCACAUGUUCCUCAGAGGCGGCAUUCGGUCCGGCACUGCCAAACAGGAGAAUUGUGUCAGUCUGCUCUCGGCCAAUCAGGUGGUCCGAGCCCUUCCACCCAACAAGGUGCCCCUGAAGGAGGUCUACCCCAAAGAUGUCACUCCUCCGAUGACGGCGGCGUAUCUGGAGGUGACGGAUCUGAACUCCAAGAAAGUCAAAUAUAUUCCCGUCCCGAGGUCAAUGAGUGUGUCGCCUUACACCAGCUGGUUGUCCAAGGUGUCAGAGUCUGACGUGCUCAUAGCCGCUCUGGGUUCUGGAGGUGUGGUCACGGUGGACAUGGGUGGCUACGUCCGGCUCUGGGAGACAGGAUUGGACACUCUGCAGCGAUCGCUGAUGGAAUGGAGGAAUAUGAUCGGGACAGAGGAUGGCAGACCUAUACAGAUUACCAUCCAGAGGGACAGCGGCGAGGAUGUCACCGCCCCGAAACAUGGCAAGAUCGACCCCCUCAACGAUCCUCACGUUGGGGGAAACCAGUGGGCAGGAGGAACAGGCGGCAGAGACACGGCGGGGCUGGGUGGCAAAGGUGGCCCAUAUCGGCUGGAUGCAGGACACAAGGUCCACCAGGUGUCCCAGGCUGAGAAAGACGCAGUUCCAGAAGAGGUCCGCAGAGCCGCCCGCGAAAUGGGUGAAAAAGCCUUCAAAGAAAGGUUGAAGGAGAUCGAUAUGAGCGAGUAUGAUGCUGCCACGUACGAGCGCUUCUCCAACGCCGUCAGGAGACAAGUUCAGUCUCUACGCAUCAUCCUGGACAGUUUACAGGCUAAAGGGAAGGAGCGGCAGUGGUUGAAGAACCAGGCUCUGGGAGAACUGGAUGAUGCUAAAAUCAUUGACGGACUGACUGGAGAGAAGGCUAUAUAUAAACGCAGAGGAGAGCUGGACCCAGAGCUGGGCAGUCCUCAGCAGAAGCCCAAGCGUUUACGGGUGUUGGCGGACGUGUCGGGCAGCAUGUACCGCUUCAACGGCGUGGAUGGCAGGCUGGAGCGCUCCAUGGAGGCUGUGUGUAUGGUCAUGGAGGCUCUGGAGAGCUACGAGCACAAGUUCAAGUACGACAUUGUGGGCCACUCAGGCGACGGCUAUGACAUCGAGCUGGUCAGAGCGGAUAAAGCCCCCAAAAAUAACAAACAGAGACUCAAAGUCCUCAAGAACAUGCAUGCCCACUCUCAGUUCUGCAUGAGCGGUGACUUCACUCUGGAGGGCACAGACUCCAGCAUCAAGGAGCUGGCAAGAGAAGAGGCCGACGAGCACUUCGUGGUGGUGCUCAGCGACGCCAACCUGGAACGCUACGGCAUCAGGCCCGAGCGCUUCGCCCAAGUCCUGACCUCUGACCCGGAGGUCAACGCCUUCGCCAUCUUCAUCGGAUCUCUCGGCGAUCAGGCCGAAAGACUCCAAAAGACCCUUCCAGCAGGGAGAUCCUUCGUUGCCAUGGACACCAAGCAGAUCCCCCAAAUCCUGCAGCAGAUCUUCACAUCUACGAUGCUGUCCAGUGCCUAAGACUGACACUAACACUAACAUGUACACUUACUUCUAAUCUGACACAUUCAAAACCUCGACAAUAUUAGUUCUGCAAGCUCUGAAUCUUGUCAGACUCUUUUAGGGUUAACACGAUGUGUCCUUAACCCACUUUCUGUAUCAGAUUAUAACUUAAUCCGAGCUGUAUCAGUACUGAGGACUGGCCUUGAAGGGGGAGUUAUGUUUAUUAUUUUACAGAAGCCUUCUGGCUGUCAGCAAAAUCUAACCGUGUUGUUAGCGUGACGGAGGGGAAUACUGUUCAGCUGCUCUCUAGUGUCUGGGAAUAUAAGUACUGUACAAUGUGGUCUGUGAUGUCUACUGUGAAAUGACACGCACUGUAAUGGUAACUACAGUGACAUCAUGAAUGCCUGGAGCCUGUCUCCGACCCCAUAUGGGGAUCAAACGCGCAGCCUAACCUGUUGUUGUUUUUGUGUUGACUGCGCUGACGCACGCACGCAUACGUCUCCGUCCUGUUUUGGGUUGUUACUCAGAAGGCCGGGUCGUGAACUUGAAACAGCCUCGCUCGUUUUGGACUUCCUGCUCAUUUAUCGUCCGUCACACAGAACAGAAAAAGGCACAGACUCACGCAGGAAGGGCCACCUGACCGACCGACCGACCACUUGGAUGUGACGGGCGGCAAUAACUCGGCUCCCUUUGGAAUGCUGGGACUGUGACCAGGGAAUUUCCCCCACCUGACUGCACACGCUCUUUAAAGGCAGCCGCUGUUGCACAACUCCCUGCUGUGUGUGUGAGUGUGUGUGUGAGUGUGUCUUCUCCUCGUACAGCAUCUAUGACAACAUGCACAAGCCCUUUUCCUUCCUGCUGGACCUUGUGACGCCCCCGUGUUCGUCUCAGUCCUGCAAAGGAAUCUCAGAUCGCCUUUCAUUGACCGGACCUCCCACUCCUCUUUCUCAAACACACACAAACCCCCUUCACCACUGCAAGGAAAAUUAGUGGAAAAUAGUUGUGGUGUUAAGAGAUUACAGUCCUGUGUUUUAUUCUAUGUAUUUGUGCUCUUUGACAUCACGCUGUGCAGUCAGAUUCAUUCUCCAGCUGUGCCAACUUGCAGGCACAUGCAUACAGUACUGCAUCAGUUUCGCCCCUGGUUGUGACACUCACUAUGUUUGAUUGAUCGGAUCAAUAGCAGCCCGUUUAACUAUCAGUCUCCAUUGAUCCCCCUCUGAUAGAGGAAUGUUCCUAUUUUUAUUAACCCACUUCUGUCUCCUUUUGACCUUCUCUCUCUCUCUCUCUUUCUCUCACUCUGCUGAUUAGUUCGAAGGAACAAAAGUGACCUCAUGAUCGAGUAUGUAGACAUUCAGAGUGUGCAUAGUAGCAUAUUAAAACCAUAUACAUUUUAAAUCUGUUUAGUCUUAUUUAAUUGUACAUUGUUAUUACUUUAUGUGGAAAGAUUGUAAAAAUUUAAAUAAAUCCUGUCAACAUUG